UAGUUUUAUCUUAUAUUUCAAAAUAUUUAACAUUAAAGUCGAAAUAGUAUUUAUUGAUGUUUGUAUAAUACAAUAAAAUUAGUGAUCUAAAAACAAUUUUAUCAAUAGUCGUGCGGUUGCUAGUUUAAGCAAUAACAUACAUUUUUAGAUUAGUGUUCACGAAACUAUUGUUUGAAUAAAAAUGUUGGUAAAAAAAUACGUUUUCGUUUUAAAUAAAACAUCCAUGAGAUGUUUAAGUACGGCUAUGCCAUCUGAAAAAUGGAAAUUAAAGAGUCUUCCUUUAAAUAUUCAGAACCCUGUACCCAGCGACAUCGAAAUAUCUCGUGGUCAAAAACCUAAAAAUAUAGCCAAACUCGCAGAAGAAAUAGGUCUAACGGAAGACGAAUAUUCAUUGUAUGGUAAAAGAAAAGCCAAAGUGGCCUUAUCAGUUUUAGAAAGGUUUCAGGAUAGAAAGAAUGGAAAAUAUGUUGUUGUUACAGCCAUAACUCCAACACCUUUUGGGGAAGGAAAGAGUACUACAUUGUUAGGUUUGGUACAAGCCCUAUCAAGUCAGCUCAAUAAAAAUGCGUUUGCCACUUUAAGACAACCUUCCCAAGGACCAACAUUCGGAAUUAAAGGUGGGGCAGCUGGUGGAGGAUAUGCCCAAGUAAUUCCAAUGGAGGACAUGAAUUUACAUUUGACUGGAGAUAUACACGCCAUCACUGCAGCAAAUAAUUUGCUGGCUGCUCAAUUGGAUGCCAGAAUUUUUCACGAAGCGACUCAAAAUGACAAGAAUUUAUACAACCGCUUGGUGCCCAAGAUAAAAGGUGUUAGGAAGUUUUCGAAAAUACAGUUGAGGAGACUAGAGAGACUUUGUAUUAAUAAGACUGAUCCCAAUGAGUUAAACGAGGAGGAACAAGCUAAAUUUGCUAGGCUGAAUAUUGAUGUAAACCAAAUUACAUGGAAUAGAGUUUUAGAUAUAAAUGACCGGUACCUAAGACAAAUAACCAUAGGUGAGUCUCCUACAGAAAAGGGAAUCAUUCGUAAAACAGGGUUUACUAUUAGCGUGGCCAGUGAAAUAAUGGCUAUCCUGGCUUUAGCAAAAGACCGCAUCGACUUCAAAGCAAGACUAUCUAGAAUGAUUGUCUCUUUCGAUAAAAGUGGCAAGCCAGUAACAGCGGACGAUUUAGGAAUGACUGGGGCCUUAAUGGCACUACUUUUGGACACCAUAGAACCGACUUUACUGCAAACCAUAGAAGGAUCGCCGGUAUUCGUACACGCUGGUCCUUUCGCCAACAUAGCGCACGGUUCUAACUCCAUUAUAGCAGACAAGAUAGCUCUGAAAUUGGUGGGAGAAAAUGGUUUUGUGGUCACUGAAUGUGGUUUCUCCUCCGAUAUUGGCAUGGAAAAAUUCUUUAACAUAAAAUGCAGGGCGUCCGGCGAUAUCCCUGAUGCGGUAGUGUUGGUUACCACGAUAAGAGCUCUGAAAAUGCAUGGUGGUGGUCCGAAAGUAUCGCCUGGUGCGCCUUUGCCGACUGAAUACGCCCAGGAAAAUUUGGAGUUGGUUAAACAAGGUUGCCAAAACUUAAAAAGACACAUUAACAAUGUCACAAAGUAUGGAAUUCCAGUAGUAGUAGCAAUAAACCAUAUUACAAACGACACCGAUGCCGAAAUAAAUCUUGUUAUCACAGAAUCUAGAAAAUCGGGCGCAUUUGAUGCCGUAGUUUCCAAACAUUGGGCACAAGGUGGAGGUGGUUCUGUAGAUUUAGCUGAAGCUGUGGUGGACGCGUGCGAGGAACCGAAAAAUUUCAAAUAUUUAUACGAUUUAAACCUACCGUUAGAUGAAAAGGUUUCCGUUAUUGCCAAAGAAAUGUACGGAGCUGGAAAAGUUACCUUUUCCUAUAAGGCACUCGAAAAAUUAAGGAAAUAUGAAGAACAAGGUUUUGGAAACUUCCCCAUAUGUAUGGCUAAAACACCACUUUCUUUAACUGGUGACCCCUCCAUAAAGGGGGCCCCAGAAGGAUUUAACUUGGACAUUAAUGAUGCUUCAAUUUCUGCAGGUGCAGAAUUUAUUGUAGUACUUGUUGGAGAGAUUACAAGAAUGCCAGGUUUACCCACAAGACCUGCCAUUUAUGAUAUUGACGUGGAUCCAAAGACUGGGGAAAUAGAAGGAUUGUUUUAAUUAUUUAAUUUUAAUUUAUUGAAAUAAUUUUUUAUGAAAACUACUAAGGGAUAAUGUUAAGUCAAAUUAAAAUAUUUACUUUAUGCAUUUAACCAUUAACAUACGAAAGAAGUAACCAGUAACUAAUUAUUUUCAUAAAUAAACUGCUAAAUUUGUUAACUGAAAAA